AUGCUCCACAUGCGAAGCAUCGCCCAGAGACCACGGAGCCUAUUGCUUUCAGCCUGUGCGCUGGCUGCACUAUCCGCGGCGCUAUCCGCGACAUCCUUCGGUUGGGCGGCUGCUGGUUUCGACCCAGGGCCUCCAAGGGCGAAGCCUUCAAAGUCGGUCAAGAAGCUCAAGAAAAGCCGCGGCCGAGGUUUUGGACCAGCACCUGCAGCUAGCGGAGCUAGCGCUGGCCCUGUUACCAGGGAGGAGAAGCGAAGACAACAGCGGUUGGGCAAGGAUCCGUCGAUGAACGAUGCCAGAAAGAUCCUCCUCAGCCAGAUGGCCGAGCAACGGUUUGCUGUCGGAGAAGUCGACGUGGAUUUGGUGAUCCCAGCAUAUGUCCUUGAUCUCAACCGUUUUGCAAGAGAAGUGGAAUCUGGAGCCGGCACUGUGUCGGACAUUGUUUGGCCAGCAGAGCAAGUUCUUGCACAAACUCUUUUGCAGAGGAAGGAACUUUGGCAAGCUCGUGGUCUUUGUGAGAUUGGAGCCGGACUGGGGUUGGCAGGCAUCGCAGCGGCCAAGUCUGGGGCGCCGCAUGUGCUCCUCAGCGACAGGGAUGCCCUGGUUUUGGACUUGUCGAAGCAGUCAGCCCAAAGAAACGGAGUUGCAGAAAGGGUGACCUUCGCAGCUUUCGAUUGGUCAGACAAAGACAGCUGGCCAAAGCCUUUCGGUGGGAUGACAGCUGCAGCCGAUGUGCUGUAUGACAAGCAAGUCGUUGCGUGGCUCGUGGACCUGAUUGUUCACUUUGCUGGGCCUGCUCUUCUUGUCGAGCCUGACAACGUGGAAAGGCGGCAGCUUGGCUCAGUGCCAUACUUCGAGGAGGUGGCGCGCUCGCGCGGGUUGGCGGUCACGACUGAGAGCUGUCUCAAUCCGUCACAGCCAUCCUCACCAAUGCUCCUGAUCUCCAUCAACCAGGCGGUGGACACGUCGAGGUGA